GUAUUACCAUGGAGCUUCAGGGCGCCGGCGGACGCGGCUCGUCGCCCGGGCAACCGCGGAGGACUAAACCCGGCCCAGGUGGCGGCGGCUAUAGCGGCUGCGAUGGUGUCCAACCCCGUGCAUGGCCUGCCCUUUCUCCCGGGCAUGUCCUUUAAGGACUCCACGAAAACUGCAUUUCAUAGAAGCCAGACACUGAGCUACAGGAACGGCUAUGCAGUUGUUCGACGUCCGACAGUUGGGAUCGGUGGGGACCGGCUCCAAGUCAACCAGCUGUCCCAGGCUGAGCUGGAUGAGCUGGCCAAUAAGGCCCCCGUUCUGACAUAUGGCCAACCAAAGCAGGCCCCACCUGCAGAGUUCAUUCCUGCUCACGUGGCUUUUGACAAAAAGGUGCUGAAAUUUGAUGCCUAUUUCCAAGAAGAUGUUCCUAUGUCAACUGAGGAACACUAUAGGAUCCGUCAAGUGAAAAUUUACUACUAUCUAGAAGAUGACAGCAUGUCUGUCAUCGAGCCUGUUGUGGAAAACUCUGGGAUCCCUCAAGGCAAGUUAAUCAAACGCCAGCGGCUAGCCAAGAAUGACCGGGGAGACCAUUACCAUUGGAAAGACCUAAAUCGAGGAAUAGACAUUACAAUUUAUGGCAAAACUUUCCGUGUUGUUGACUGUGACCGAUUCACACAGGUCUUUUUGGAAAGUCAAGGAAUUGAACUCAAUCCGCCAGAGACGAUGGCUCUCGAUCCUUACACCGAACUCCGGAAACAGCCUCUUCGUAAGUAUGUCACCCCAUCGGACUUUGAUCAACUCAAGCAGUUUCUCACCUUUGACAAACAAGUUCUUCGAUUCUAUGCAAUCUGGGAUGAUACAGAUAGCAUGUUUGGUGAAUGUCGGACCUACAUCAUUCAUUACUAUCUUAUGGAUGAUACGGUGGAAAUUCGAGAGGUCCACGAACGGAAUAAUGGGCGAGAUCCCUUCCCACUCCUGAUGAACCGCCAGCGUGUGCCCAAGGUUUUGGUGGAGAAUGCAAAAAACUUCCCUCAGUGUGUGCUGGAAAUCUCUGAUCAAGAGGUGUCAGAAUGGUAUACUGCCAAAGACUUCAUCGUGGGGAAACCACUCACUAUCCUCGGGAGAACUUUCUUCAUUUAUGAUUGUGAUCCAUUUACUCGACAGUAUUACAGAGAAAAGUUUGGAAUCUCCGAUUUACCACGUGUUGAUGUGAGCAAGAAGGAGCCACCUCCUGUAAAACAGGAAUUACCUCCCUAUAAUGGUUAUGGACUAGUUGAAGACUCUGCUCAGAAUUGCUUUGCUCUCAUUCCAAAACCUCCGAGAAAAGAUGUUAUUAAAAUGCUUGUGAAUGAUAACAAAGUGCUUCGUUACUUUGCUGCACUGGAAUCCCCCAUCCCAGAAGACAAAGACCGUCGAUUUGUCUUCUCUUAUUUUCUGGCCACCGACAUGAUCAGUAUCUUUGAGCCUCCUGUUCGCAAUUCUGGUAUCAUUGGGGGCAAGUACCUUGGCAGAACUAAAGUUGUCAAACCAUACUCAUUGGUGGAAAACCCCGUCUACUACAGCCCUAGUGACUUCUUCAUUGGUGCUGUGAUUGAGGUGUUUGGCCACCGGUUCGUCAUCCUUGAUACAGACGACUAUGUUUUGAAAUACAUGGAAAGCAAUGCUGCCCAGUAUUCACCGGAAGCACUCUUGUCAGUUCAGAACCAUGUUCGAAAGCGAGAACCUCCCGCACCAGAAUUGGAAAACAAGCAGACUGAAGUGGAUCCAGGCGUGCAAGAACUGGAAGCAUUAAUAGACACAAUCCAGAAGCAGCUGAAGGAUCAUCCAUGCAAAGACGGCAUUCGUGAGGCAUUUCAAGUUUAUGACAAGGAAGCUUCAGGAUAUGUGGACAAAGAGAUGUUCUUUAAAAUCUGUGACUCUCUUAACGUCCCAGUUGAUGAUUCCUUGAUCAAGGAGUUAAUCAGGAUGUGCUCUCACGGAGAAGACAAGAUCGACUACUAUAACUUUGUUCGUGCUUUCUCCAACUGACCUGCUGCUGAGAGAAUGCAGUACAGUUUUUUGAGGUUGGACCUACACUUUGAAAUAUACCUUGUACCCUUUAUAGAAGCAUUUACGGAGCUCUUGAAAUUGUAUUUCUUUUUUGGUUCUUCUGUUUCCCUACUACUGAAGUCUAAAUUAAACUGGGUCUUGUAGGAGCUAA